CCCCUAGGUGUAUAUUCUUACUCUUUCUAGUUAUUGACAUUCACUACAAUAUAAGUUUUAAAUAUAUAUUUUGUUUGUGAUCUUGCAAUAUGAUGUUAAGUUAGUUUUUGAAAUGUUAAGAUGCAAUUUGACUGUGUAUGCUGAAAUAGUUGAUUCUGAAGUGAUCUAGUUAGCUAACAGAAAAUUGUUUAAGUAUUUGCUAGAUAGAUUGACCUUUGUUAGACUCACUGGAAUGUGAUCUAAUUGGCUGACAUAAAUCUAAGAUCAAUGGCAUGUAUGAAAACCUAUAUGUAUAUGUGGAAGUUUGGAUUUGCUUUUGUGCAUCUGUUUACGGUUAAAUCUAUUGCUUUACACAAUAAUUAUUUAUUUAAUUAUAAUAUGUUAAGAUGUGUUUUUAUGGCCGGCCCUGGGGGUGGGCGGGGAGGACCAUCGGCCAGGGGCCGAUAUUUCAAGGGGCACGUUUUUAUGAAAAAACCCGAUAUGUAUAUGUAAAAUAUUUUUUAGUAGGGUACACACAUACAAACACCAACAUAUGCCCCCUUACAAAACUAUUUUUAUGGUUUAGAUUAGUUAUUAACCUCUUUGGCAUUAGGUUUAGACCUUUAAUAACCACAAUACCUUCAGUGACAUGUAUGAAAACCUAGAUAGAUAUGUUGAAGUUCAGUUUUAAAUAUAUAUAUUUUGUGUGUAAAAUGAUUACUAGCCUAAUCGUUCAUACCAUGAUGAAACCGCAUUGACCAAAAAGGGGGUUUUGCUGUGAUGAUUACAAAAGUUCAAUUUUCUUCUUCAUCAUUAUUAUCAUAUGUAUGUAUGUAUGGUUGCUAGAUGGAUUCUAAAAAAGAGAAAGGGAGAAGAGAAAUUUGGCCAAAAGAAAUGGUUUUAGAAUUAUGUCGGUUCCUAAACAAAUAUAUCACGAAGCAUGGUCGAACUUCCCCAUUCAAAUGGGUCACUCUUCAGCCAGAGUUUGAAAAAGUUAUAAAUCAUAAAUUCGCCAGUGACAAAGCUAUGAAGAACAAGUAUGACAGUAUGAGAAAAGAGUACAACCUUUGGAAGUCACUUAAGAAUGGAGAGACUGGUCUAGGUUGGAAUGAAAGUACCAAGCAACUUAAUUGUUCUGAAGAAUGGUGGAAAAGAAAAAUUCAGGAAAACCCGAAAGUUCUAGCAAUUCAAAAUAACCAACCAUCUAUACAACUACAAGAAGAGUGGGAUCAGUUAUUUGGAGAUGUAGUUGCCAGUGGGGAAAAUUGUGUGGCACCCUCUAUGGAUCCAACUACAUUCAAUGAGGUGCAUGUUGAGAACCUUGAGGAUGAAAAUGUUGAGAACCUUGAGGAUGACAAUGUUGAGGGAGGUAACAAUUUCUUUGGUGACUUUUUGAAUGAAGUAAGUCAACACAUGAUACAUCAACAUUAAGCCCAAGUGAGGUUGCAAAAAGUUUUGAAAAGUCUACUAAAGUAAACACUAAGGCUAAACCAGUUAAGAUGAAACGUAAAGGGAGAGAAUCAUUGGGAGCUUCAAUACUUAAAGAACAUUUAACUCAAAGUAGUAUGAAUCAACAACGUGCUCUAGAAAUAUUAGAAUCAGAUUCUUCCAAACUCAGUCAAAGUACUAAGUUUAGUAUUGAAGCUGUUAUGGGUUUGCUUAGCCGGGUGGUAGAUGCAGGAUUACUGAGAGAAGAAGAGGAGUUGUGGUUAUUUGCAAUGGAUUUAUUUGAAGAUCCCGUGAAAAGAGAAAUGUUUAUAAAUGUGCCACAUGAUAAUGGUAGAUUAGCGUGGCUGCAACGAAAGCAAAGGCUCACCGACCAAAGUUUUCUUUGAGGACAUGUUACGAAGACAUUAUUGUUUCUAUUUGUUUGAACUUUAUUGCUUUUGGAUUGAUUUAUUGU